UUUUAUUUAGUAUGAAAACAUAUACAUUGAAACAUUGUAACAUCGAGGCGCUCAAGUCAACUGGGGAAAAAUAGUUCGACGGUAAGACCAAAAAAAUAAUAAUUUAAAAAAAUUGUAGCUGAAUUCAUAGUAUUUAUGUCCGAUACAGACACCGUACAACCUUUUUUUCUUUGUAGUUAUGAAUACGCCUGUACAGCAAGAACCUAAAUGGUUUCUAAGAAGGUUAAACACCUACCGACACAACAGACGCACGAUGCCGUUCAUAGAUGUGUACAUCACAUGCACAAAUAUAUAAAACAGGUGCAACCGAAGGUGAUACUUACCACAUCACUAGGUUUAAGUGGCAAUUUGUCUUCUGGAAGGCUAUGUUAAAUAAUGCUGUUUUAUUGUAUACAACUGCAAAGUAAAUUGGAAGUCGGAUCUCCUGUAAAUAAAGGAAAGAUAUUUCCGGAUGCAAAAUAUUUGAGGUUUGCGUAUUUUUUGGUUUUGUUUUUGUGGUUAUAUAAAAAUGGUUGGUGAAAAAGGGGGAAAAGAUGCCCUGUGCAGAAAUCACCCACCUGGAAUCCGGCACCUCUGACUGUAUUCCGAGCACAGUGUACACAAUGCCUGAAAGCCUGCUGUGCUGUGUACGCAUUGGGCAACAUAUGAAACGCAGUGACCGCAUACCCGGGGUGCUAAAUCAUCUCUUGUAAAACCAUAGGCGCUAUUCAUUUUACCUUAAACCUAUUGAUGGAUCUUAAUUACUGGUGUCAAAAAUAACUGAAGGGGAAAGAUGGAAAAAAAAAUGGUAGGGCCAGCAGAAGUUAAAAUAGAGAAAGGGGAAUGUCUAACAUCCACAAACUAAAUUUCUGCCUCUGGGGAGAAAACAGAAAAAAUAAGUAAAAUGCAGAAGGAGGAAAGGUCGACCAAGACUCAAAUAGAGUGUAUGUACGCAUUAUAAUAUAUCUAAAAACAAACGCCACAGAAUUAACUAUGACUUCAAAGUAAUGUGCUAAAUCUAGAAUAACACCAAAAUUUCACAAUUGCUCAGCAGCAUUUCAUACUUUACCUUGCAUCUCCAAUUUACGAUGUCACGCUUUAUUUUAUUAAUUUUAAAUCAAAAUCGAUACUUGUGUUGAUAAAGAUCGCCUUAGAAGCCGGGAUGCAACCUUGACCCCUUUACCCCGUGCAGUGUCCAGUGCGAGACCGGAGCCCGCAGGUUUGCGAAAAUAGAGUUAUAGCUCUUAAAGGGGCAGCCGAGGAGGGGGAAAACGGAGCUGGGGAUGGUGCGGAGAGAAGGAGGAGGAGGGGAAGAGAUAAGUGAUCUAAAGGGGAGACGAUAGGACAAAAAGUGAUGAUGAUGAAUACAUUGGAAAGUUUUUUGGCCCUGGCGAGGGUGUCAGAUUGAAUGGCCUGUGCGCAUGUGCGAAGGUGUCCAAACUGACAAUGCUUGUGAGAUGAAGAUAGUGUUGUUGCUGCUUCUGGGCUCAAGGAGGACGAGAGGAAUCUACAAGCCGACAAGAUGAGAUCCAAGGCAAGGGCGAGAAAACUGGCCAAAAGUGACAGUGAGGCAGUAGAUAACAUGUACGAAACGGACCCGGAUCUGCCCGCUGCAGAGAGCGCCGAGGAGGAGGGCGAAGACAGCAUCAUGUCCCCCAUCCCGGUGGGGCCUCCCUCUCCUCUCCCCAACACCGAGGACUUCACGCCCAAAGAGGGCUCCCCUUACGAAGCCCCCGUCUACAUUCCUGAUGACAUUCCCAUCCCCAACGACCUUGAGCUCCGAGAGUCCUCCAUCCCCGGGGCAGGCUUAGGGAUUUGGGCCAAAAAGAAGAUCGGGUUUGGGGAACGAUUUGGACCGUACACUGGAAUGCAGAAUGCCACGGUGAAAGACACCACUUUUGGAUGGGAGCAAAUGCUUAAUGACCAUGAAGUAACAUCACAAGAUGGCUGCAUCAAAAAGAUUGGGGAUGACUUGGGAAAUGUGAAAUUCUGCAUGGAUGCCAGUAACGGAAGUUGGCUAAAAUACGUCCGGGUCGCACCUACACUGGAAGAGCAGAACCUAACAGUGUGCCACUUCAACGGGGAUCAGAUUUAUUAUAAGGCUAUUAAGGAAAUUGAAGCGGGGGAGGAGCUCCUGAUUUAUAUGAAGGACGGAGCUUUCCCUGAGGGAUCGAUGGCUCCCAACCUGGAAGAUGAGCAGAUGUACCGCUGCGAGGACUGCGAGGAGCUCUUCCCGUCCAAGCUGGACCUGCGGCGGCACCAGAAGUACUCCUGCAGCAACGCCAACUCCAUCUUUGACACCCUGAACGAUGACUUCAAACAGGAGGGGGAGGAGAACGAGGAGCCCAUCCACGAGUGCAAGGACUGUGAGAAGAUCUUCCCCAGCGAAUACAGCCUCGAGCAGCACAUGAUUGUACACACAGAGGAGCGUGAGUACAAAUGUGACCAGUGCCCCAAAGCCUUCAACUGGAAAUCCAACCUCAUUCGCCACCAGAUGUCACAUGACAGUGGCAAGCGAUUUGAGUGUGAAAACUGUGAUAAGGUCUUCACAGACCCCAGUAAUCUGCAGCGUCACAUACGCUCGCAGCAUGUCGGCGCCCGCGCCCACACCUGCCCAGAGUGUGGCAAGACCUUCGCCACCUCCUCUGGGCUCAAGCAGCACAAGCACAUUCACAGCAGUGUCAAACCCUUCAUCUGGCUCUUUGGAAUGUGUGCUCUCCCAGGUGAAGUGUGUCACAAAUCCUACACCCAGUUCUCCAACCUCUGCCGCCACAAGCGCAUGCACGCGGACUGCCGCACCCAGAUCAAGUGCAAGGACUGUGGGCAAAUGUUCAGCACUACCUCCUCCCUCAACAAGCACCGGCGCUUCUGCGAGGGCAAAAACCAUUAUGGCCCAGGGGGCAUGUUUAGCCCGGGCAUGCCCAUGACCUCCAGCCCCAUCAUGGGUAAAUCCAAAUCCCACCACAGCCUCAACCACACUGGCCUAGGGUUCAAUGAUUACUUCCCCUCCCGGCCACAUCACACUGGCUUCCCUUUCUCCCCAGCUCCUCCUGCCUUCCCAACUCUCCCUCCUGGGUUCCCUGGACUCUUCCCCCCAACACUGUACCCUAGGCCCCCUUUGCUACCCCCUAGCCCCUUGCUCAAGAGCCCCCUAAACAACAGCCAGGAUGGAAAGCUGCCCAGAAGUCCCCUGGAGAACCCCUCCCUACCUAUGGUUUCCCCCAACAACAGCAGUAGCAGCGGCCACAACAACCGCUUAGAGGACAAAGCCGAAAGCAAACUGGACACGUCCUACACGGACAAGUCCAAGGUGAAGGUCAGUGACAUGUCGGACGGGAGCGAUCUGGAGGAUGUCAACACCACCAGUGGGACGGACCUGGACACUACCACGGGGACGGUUUCGGGGUCCGACCUGGACAGCGACGUGGAGAGUGAACGUGACAAGAGCAGGGGGAAGGCGGCUCCCGAAGCCAAGCAGGAUGAUGUCAGCAGCAGCUCCAUCUCCAUCUCUAGCUCAGGCAACAUCCCCCCCAGUGACAGGCCCUUCCUGUCCUCCCAGCAUUCCUUCUUCCCUCCCCCGGAUGAGCAAGCACUCCCAGCCUCAGGAGCCGCCACCGACUCCAUCAAGGCCAUUGCCUCCAUAGCUGAGAAGUAUUUUGGCCCAGGAUUCAUGGGCUUGCAGGAGAAGAAGAUGGGCUCCCUUCCUUAUCAUUCCAUGUUCCCCUUCCAGUUCCUGCCCAACUUCCCUCAUUCCUUGUACCCCUUUACGGACCGGGCCCUCAACCCAGGCAUGUUCCUCAAAGCAGAGCCCAAAUCGCCCAGGGAACACCUCCAAAAAAUGGGCAUCCCGGGCUCCGAGUCGCCCUUUGACCUCACCACCAAGCCCAAGGAGACCAAGCAGCCCCUGCCACCCAGCAAGCCAGCCCCUCCCUCCAGCACCCCCCUGUUGCCGGGGGAGGAGCAGCCCCUGGACCUCAGCAUUGGCAGCCGCAGCCGGGCCAGUCACAACGGAAACGUGCUGGAGUCGCGCAAAAACCACGUGUAUGGGAGCAGCAGCAAGGUGGUCUGUAAAGAUGACCUGGCCGGUCUCCCCCAGCCUCAGGCUCUGCACCAGCAGCAACUGCCUCACCACCAGCAGCCCCUGCAUCAGCAGCCCCAGCCCCAGCAGCAGCCCUCCCUGCACUACGCCAAACCCUCUCCCUUCUUCAUGGACCCAAUAUACAGCAGGGUGGAGAAGAGGAAGCUGAUUGACCCCGUUGGAGCCCUGAAAGAGAAAUACCUGAGGCCUUCGCCCCUGCUCUUCCACCCACAGAUGUCCGCCAUCGAGAACAUGACAGAGAAGCUGGAGAGUUUCGGCGCUUUGAAACUGGACUCCUCCAGCUCCCUGCAGCACUCCUCACACCACCUCUUCAACUUCCGUUCGCCGCCGCCCUCGCUCUCUGACGCCAUCUUGAGGAAAGGCAAAGAGCGCUACACCUGCAGGUACUGUGGGAAGAUCUUCCCCAGGUCAGCUAAUCUCACGAGGCACUUACGAACACACACAGGAGAGCAGCCUUACAGAUGUAAGUACUGUGACCGAUCCUUCAGCAUCUCCUCCAACCUACAGAGACACGUGCGCAACAUCCACAACAAGGAGAAGCCCUUCAAGUGUCACCUGUGCAAUCGCUGCUUUGGUCAGCAGACCAACCUCGACCGUCACCUCAAGAAACACGAGCAUGAGAAUAUCCCAGUGAGUCAGCAUUCUGGGAUUCUGUCAAACCUGGGAACAAACAUCUCUUCUCCCAACUCGGAGCCAGACAAUCAUGCACUUUUAGAUGAGAAAGAGGACUCCUAUUUUUCUGAAAUCCGGAAUUUUAUUUCCAGCAGUGAACUGAACCAAGCAUCCAGUUCAACAGAUAAAAGACAUGAAAGGCCCUAUGGAGGAAAAAUUAGUCCAAGGCAUCUGGGAUCAAUAGUCCAUCCCAUCUUAGACAAGCCAGAGAUCCAGGAGGACGAUCAUCCACAGAGCUGUGCGCUCCCAAACUCCAAACUCCGCAGGCGGGGGGCAGACGAGGAGGAAGAUGAGGAGGAAGGAGAGGGGGAUGAUGAAGACGAGGACGGCAGUCUGACGGAGAAAUCGCAGGACGAGGGUGUGUCCCCGGCCACCGUGCCCCAGGGCAGCUACGAAGAUGAGGAGGAGCCAUCUUCUCUCUCCAUGAGCUAUGAGCAAACUCGAAGGUGUAUUGAUGAGGAGGAAGCGGGCCUGUUAGAGCUGGAGCAGAUUCCGAGCUUCACCAAGGGGCUGGACCUCCGUAAGGCUGCAGAGGAACCAUUUGACGUUAAAGACAUGUUUAACUCCUCCUUAGAGUCUGAGGCAUUAAAAGAGACGCUGUACAGGCAGGCUAAAACCCAGGCUUAUGCAAUGAUGCUGUCUCUGUCUGAAAACAAUCCUUUGCACACAUCCUCCCAGAACUCUCUGGAUGCUUGGCUGAACAUGGGAGGGGGCACAUCAGAGACUGGCAGCUUUCACCCACUCAACCACAUCUGAGAGCGAGAGACCGUGAGGGAGAGGGACAGAAGGAGCCAGGCCAUGCCAAGGACAGUGGGACCAACUCCAUCAGACCAACAGCAAGAGAAAGUGAGAGAGAGACGAUGUGAGGCACCCAGGGACCAGUGGCUCCAGCCUUGAGGAUCAGUGGGCAGAGAGACCCGCCCAGUAAGAACAUCGUGGAGGCAGAGAGGCUUGAUGUCCUACAGUCAGCCCAGCUCAGCUUGCCUUACUAUUACACCACUUAGUACAGUCACUGUCCAAACAGUAUUUAGCAGCUCUGGUGUCUGUUAGCACACACUCGGACAAUAGAAAAAAGCACAGCGCUGUACUUCAGAAACUCGAUCAGAUUAAGAACCUUCUGCUUUCUGUCUUCAUCUGCAAUGGGGACCAAGGUCAUUUGUUGAGUUGAUGCUUGUUUUGUACUGCUACUGCAUAAGCCUCCAUAGCGCACAAUGACAUUUGAAUUCUACAGCUGUCAAAAUAAUAAGAAAUCGAAUCAUUUUUUAGCAAUACCCCCAUUUUGCUGCCUAGAUCUACAGUCGCUAAGUUUACAGCAGCCACCUUCUCUAACCCAGACAAUCCCAGGUUUGAGACGGCAGUCUCCAGGAUUCAUUGUUUUGAAUCCAAAGAGCUCUGCACUGGAAACAAGCCCUGUCAUGUGUUGCAGAGUCAUAGAGUGAACAGCAAAAGUCAUAGCAAUAAACAGAAGUGGUAUCUGUCUAAUAGGGUUUUUGGUGGGGUGUGGAGAUGAUUCCCUGCUAAAAGAUAUAAAGUACUAUCAAAUUUCUUCAUUAACCACUGUUUCCAGAGAUUAAUCAUCAUCAAUCAUUAUCAUCAUUAAUAUUAGAGUCCCUGACCUAAAGAGUAAUUAAUUGCUUCCAUUUAACGUUACAUUUCAAAUCGAAAAGUCGUGAUGGAAUUCCAACAACAUAAGCUUAAUGGAAUUAUUGCUAUUCUGAUGUAUGACUUCCUGCAUUCCCGAGGGAGGCUCGAAACAGAUAAUUCAAUGACCAGCCUGCGUUGUUUACCGCACAUCAUCUCGGCACGGCUAUCUCUGUGAACACUCAGCUCACGUCAUUCCUUGGCGAACUUGCCUGACCGCAGUGAAUGUAAUUCGUGCCGCUGUAUUACCAACAGGUGAGGGGCUUUGCACAGGUGAAGUACUACAAAACAAGGAGCAGCUGCAACUGCUGGAAUACCAAUUAAAUUGAACAAACGCUCCCAAGCAGAGCACGCAUUCCUCGAAGAGGACAGUCUGCAGAGUUGCAAAAAAAAGAAAAAUAUUGGUUUUAAAACGAAUCACUUAAUUUGGACUUUAAAUUAUUUCCCAUAGGGGCCAAUGAAAACAAAAUGAUCUUUGUUCCUUGUUCAAUUUUAAAUUAAUUUUUAUUGAACUCAACAUUUUUUUUCUUUACUUUGUAUAUUAUUUGUUCUGUAAAAACAGUAUUGUUUCUUUGUUUCUUAGACACCGUGAUGGUGCUAAAAAAUUCUAAUAUAAUUAUUUAGUGAAGGACCAAAAUUGUGUACUGUUGUUGUAUGAUAUUGCGUAGCAAGAGUGGUGUGUGCCAAACGACCCAUAGAAAAUGUUUUGUUCUCAGACAAUCAUUUCUGUUCGAAGGGUUUGUGUUGCUGUUGUUGUUUUGCUCUUCUUGCUUCCCGUAGACGCGAUUAAUUAUUGUGUUACUCUAUUUAUUUUGGGGGGGUUGGAGGGUCUAAUGGCUGUUGAAGUAAAAUGUUGAUUAGAAAAGGUCUCCCUUUUCAUUUACGAUUGACUCUUUCGAAGGAGAAAGGAAAGAUUUAAAAUUGAGCGAUAUUAAAAUCCCCAAGACCAAGCAGUCAUGUAGAGUGCCAGAGUGCCAAAUUGGAAAGAAAAGCAUAGAAAGAACAUAAACUCUUUCUUUAGAAAAAGCAAUUGUUGUUCCUCUUGAAAUUCAGUAUGUCAGAUUCCAAACAUCAACACUACGUAUCAUACUGUAAGUAGACAUAUUUUCUGCGUGCUAAGAGUCUCGUUUAGUCUUAAUGUUUGAGCCAUAUUCUAAGGUAAAGAGUAAAGAAUUAUUACUAUAGAUUAAAUGGAAGGUAAUAUUUUGUCAUUUUGUUCAUUUUUCUCGUUUCAUAGUUUCACAGCCGUGUUCUGAAAGAUCACCAUCAAUCAUUUUUGCGGGUUGUGUAAAAUCCUAUUAGAUCGAUGCAUACUGUACGUUUAACCCCAUUCCUGGUUCAGUGAGUGAAAGCUUGUGGUUUUGUGUGCUGGAAUCGAGAAACGGUUCUUUCAAGAGCUGCGUGAGAGAAUGAGAGUCUGCUGUCUUUGGAAACAUCAGAUGAUAAGGGAAAGAUUAAAAAGAAAAAAAACUGAAGCAGAGUUUUUGUCAGAAGACUAUAGCCUGUGCGGUUUUUUUUUUACUGUAAAUUACUCUCUUUUGCUGUUUAAACUAACAGUUUUCAUCUGAUCUUGACAAAAGUGUCCUACUGGUUAGAGGAAUUGCCGUUUUAUGUGUGCUUGUAUAUAUGUACUAUUCUUGGCCCACAAACUUCGGGAACAUCAAUCAAAACUGUAGAAAACAGUAGUUCUGGACAAAAUUAAUGCAUGUACAUAGAGCUCUUACACAGGAUUAAUUCAGGUGUUGUUUUAAAUGAAAGUGAAGACUGGUUUUGACUGCAGUGCUUUUGGAAGCAGUACUGUAUUUGUGUUGCAAGGAGUAUCCAUGCUCCUCAGACAGUAUGACUUUCUGUUCGUCUGCCUGCCUGUGUGAAGAUAUGAAUAGAUCUAGCCUAUGUGCACUUACCAUCCAUAGCACCCUUAGUGAACUGUGAAGCCAGCCAGUGAAUUGUGUGACAGGAAAAAAAAAAGUUAAGUCUGUAAAAUAUGAAAAAGAUUGUUUUAUUACUUCAUUGUUUGUUUUUUUUAGAAAAAUGUUUAUAGAUAGAACAUUAACUGUUGACGGUUAAAUGGAAAAACGUUUUUUACUCCCGCAUCGCUGUCGUAUUCUCCAACUUGCAGCCUCCAAACACCACCCCUAGAGGGCGUCCUUGCAUUUCUACCAGUUCUCGGGGGAAUCCAUGUGCUCAGUGAACGUGAACAAAAUGGGUCACGCCUUUUUCUGUUCAUCCCCUCGUUAUUUGACUCAAAAUGGGAAUUCUUAGGAAGUGCUAGAUGGCCCGUCAAGAAUAUUUAGGACACUCCGAGAUAUUUUCUUUCCGGGUGUCACUGCGUGCUUGCCUGUCCAACGCUGCAGUUGCUCUGCCGAUCCUGAGGACGACGUUAUGGGACCACUUAUCCAAAUCAGCUGCUGGAAUUAGCAAAACGAGACCGUGCCUCGUUCUCCACUCAAGAUGAUUCCUCCCUCAGCUCGACGUUACCUUCAUUUUAUUAGAGGUAGCACUCACCUUUGACAGUGGGUGUGGGUUUUUUCUUUCCUGCUCCAUUUAUAUUUCUCUCUGUUGCUGCCUUGCGCAGACAGCUGGCUGUUAGGAAUGAAGUUAUUAUUUGUGUCAGGGACUUUCAGGAUGAGGCUUAAUUGGUUCAAAUAAGCACUUUAACCGUCGGUAGAAGAUGCCCUAGGACACUGUAUCAAACAGCGUGCCGUGUCCUGGUUGAGUUGAGGGUCGAAUUAUUGACUUGACAUACCCAGCGAAGCAAAGAGUAUGACUCUUGAAUAAAGAAUGCUGUUAAUGUGUUAGAGCGCUAAACCCCGUGCUUUACAAUUGUCUUUUAACACCCCAAGGUCACCCCUGCUGGAAAAUCUGAGCUGAAAUACCUUCAGGGUGACGACUGUAGCGCGAUUCCAAAAUUAUUUUCAACAUACUACUUAGGCUUUUUGAAUGAUUUAAAACAGUGAAUUGUGGACCGGCAAUCGACGCUCCUUUUCCUAGCACACUGCAAUACAAAAUGACAUCAGUAGAUGGCAGGGUUGUGUUGUUUCAGUUGUACUAUUAACUAUUACGCGGUUCAAUAAAUGGCAGUAGAAGCUUCUAAAGUAUUAUUUAGACAUUACGAAAUAUUACAUAAAUUAAGUACAUGGUAAACAUGGGAAUUUUUACUACUUUUAAUAUAUGCAAAGAAAGACGAUGGGUCACCAUGAAGCAAAACUGAGGUAACUUCAUGUCGCAUACUACUGUUGUAAGCGUGCGUAGGGUUUGUAGAUGAAAUGAAAAAAAAAUCACAUUACCAGCUUUCUUACAAAGUUGACUAAGGGUCACUGCAGAAAUCACAUGAUGUGGCUGCUGGUCUUUUUCCACUGUUACAGUACAAGCAUAAGUAAUAUGGUUUCUUUCAAACUGUAUAUUAUUCUAAAAAAACGAUUGUUGUAUAUGUCUGGAAUUCAUUAAAAUAUAUGGGAAAGUUUUAAAAUGGAUGGUGCUUGUUUCAAUUGGAUCUGAAUUGUAUAUCGCCUCUGUUAUGUUUAUAAGAAAAAAUACUGUGCAUGACUUGUGUUUAGCGGUCAUAAUGGUGUCCAUUUGUGAAAUUUUUAUGAAAAAUGUACAAGAAAAAUGUUUAAAAAAUACGUAGAUGCACUUAUUGUACAUGUGGUUAGGUUGUACAUUUGGAGACUUCAAGUCUUUUACUGCCUUCUAAAAAACAAAACUGGGCAGGAGGUUCUUCAAUAAAAACAAUAUGCUUGAGGGGAGAAGUAAUGACAAUUGGAAAAAGAUUGUAGAAUAAUAUUAAAGAAAACUAUUUCUGAAAUUGCAGUUCAUUUUGAUGCUUGUGAUUAUUAAAGAUGUACUUCUUUAGAGAAAUUCCAUUAAAAAAUCUCUGAUUCUGAUGUUAAUUCUGUAGAAUAGGAAUGUAUACCAAAUGUAAUCUUUCCAAUGCUAUGAAGAAUUUAUACAUGAAAUUGAUAUGCAAUAAAACCUGUGUGCUUUUUA